CACUGAACUUGAUAACUGAGAAUUUGUGUCAAAAAUUACUAAAACUGUGUGAGACCAAGAGACUCAAGCGAUCAUUAGUGGCUAUCAAACACUGAUGGAUGCUAUCAAACACUGAUGGAGAGAUGGUGCACAAAGAGGUGUCAGUCAUAUCGCUGAGGCAUAGAUCUGUCAUUUUGCGUGCAAAAUGCUGACACAAUAUAGAGUUAUGUGAAACUGACGCGACACAAAAUACAGAUAUGCCUUCGUACUUCAUUGACAGAGACCUACGUUUAUCGAAAAAUAUAGAAUGGCGUUUGUAAAUGCGUGAGAAAAAUAUUUAAUACAAUGUGUGUAUGCAUGUGUUUAAUAAUAUAGAGGUGCAAAUAUCCUCCGAAUGGGUGUAGUAGAAGCAAGCAACGCGGUAGGUGUUUACCUUAAGGGAUGUCUUUAUGGAGAAACAUUGGAAGAGUGUGAUCCUUCGCUCUGUGUGUGAUUAUUUUUUUGAUCAGCAACGUAAAAUCAGCUCUCCAGAAGAUAUGCCACCCGUAAUAGCGACACCACAUCAUUACCUCAUCAGCAUCAAUCGUUGUUCUAUGUUUUUUGUAGCCGUUUGUAUGACUGAAGUGCCGCCUUUAUUUGUUAUUGAGUUCCUUCAUCGUGUUGUGGACACCUUUGAAGAUUAUUUCGGUGAAUGCACAGAAUCAAUUAUAAAGGAACAUUAUGUAGUGGUAUAUGAGUUGCUUGAUGAAAUGUUGGAUAAUGGGUUUCCAUUAGCUACUGAAUCUAAUAUUUUGAAAGAGCUGAUAAAACCACCAAACAUUUUGAGAACAAUAGCCAACACUGUAACAGGAAAGUCAAAUGUGAGUGCAACAUUGCCUAGUGGUCAGUUAUCAAAUAUCCCAUGGCGAAGAACAGGUGUGAAGUACACAAAUAAUGAAGCAUACUUUGAUGUGGUGGAGGAAGUGGAUGCAAUAAUUGACAAGGCGGGCUCUACAGUGUUUGCAGAAAUACAGGGAUAUAUUGACUGCUGCAUAAAAUUGAGUGGGAUGCCCGAUCUGACUCUGUCAUUUAUGAACCCUCGCCUGUUUGAUGAUGUCAGCUUCCAUCCUUGUGUUCGCUUCAAGCGCUGGGAGGCUGAAAGACUGUUGUCUUUUAUCCCUCCUGAUGGGAACUUCCGUCUUAUGUCUUACCACAUUGGAUCUCAAAAUAUAGUAGCGAUCCCUAUAUAUGUAAGGCAUAGUAUUUCCUUUAAAGAUGUUGGAGGAGGAAGACUGGAUCUCACUGUGGGACCAAAACAGACAAUUGGUAGAACUGUCGAGAAUGUUGUUAUUGAAAUUCCAAUGCCAAAAUCUGUGCUAAACUGUAGUCUUGUUCCUAAUCAAGGGAAAUAUUCCUUUGAUCCUGUCAGUAAAGUACUGAUGUGGGAUAUUGGACGUAUAGAUACAUCGAGACUGCCAAAUCUCCGAGGCACGAUCAAUUUGCAGUCAGGUGCUCCUGCCGUAGAAUCAAAUCCCUCAAUAAAUGUUCAGUUCACCAUUAAUCAGCUAGCUGUUUCUGGUCUCAAAGUUAAUCGAUUGGAUAUGUAUGGUGAAAAGUACAAACCUUUUAAAGGUGUAAAAUAUAUUACUAAAGCUGGACGUUUCCAAAUACGAAUGUAAAAUUUCUGUGACUGUAUGACAGUUGACUGGAAUCAGCUGAAGAGUAGUUCACAUCCAAGUUGCUAAAUUUUCACAUUUGCCCAUUUCUGGGAAACUGAUGUAUCACCUGUACUGCAGUUUACAAGAAGCAGCUGGUAAAGAAACACAUUCUGGACAAUAAGGCACAUGUCGGUGUCAAUCUCACAGAAGUGUGUUAAUGUCUUCACAUGGGAAAAGACUAAAAUUAUUAUAGCAUGGAUAAUUUGGAAAAUAUAAUUUAAUGUAAUCUGUGAUAAGUACUUAGGUUGAGAAAUUCCUGGGCUCUGAGUUUCUGUUGGCCACAUACAUACAAAGGAAGGAAACAAUAAAAAAGAAGGCGAGAGCAGGAGGAGGGGGACUGGUUGUGACAUGUCGUUGGCUAAUUCAGAUUAAUAUGAACACUGGUCUGAAGAUAAAAACUUAUUACAGAGUGAAUAUGUUCGAACAUGCAGAGCAGUGUCUGAGAGACGGAAUGUUUAAUUUUGCCUAAUCCUCAGUAAAGUUUGUAGUAGCUUUAUUUGUGGAAUGUUGUUGGGACCUUGUUUCAUGUAUAGGUGACACCUCUCUCUUAUCCUCUUGUGUCUUUGAACUCUGGGAAUUACCUUUGGGUGACCUAUUAUCCAUAGUUGUGUAUCCUAGUAGUGCCUAUUACAUUUAAAAAAAAUUGAAUCCUUGAAAUUAUCUAGACAGUCACAGUUACUAUUAUUAUUAUUAUUAUUAUUAUUAUUAUUAUUAUUAUUAGGCCAGGAUAUAUUUAAAGACUAAUCUCUCCAUUAUGGAUAUCCUCCUUCUUAUUAGUGAGUGAAACUAAAGCAUUUGAUCUGAACAUUUAUGCUGCAGCAAUACAAUUAAUUCUGUUAAUUAUUUUUAUUCUGCCAUUCUCUUCAAAUUUCAUCUCAGCUUAUUAUAUUAACACACUCAACACUCAAUAUUUUAACAUAUUGCUAAUGCGUUACCACAUUGUAAUGUCACAAAUGUUCAUGAAAAUGCUGGAUGCUCAUGAUGACUGAAAUUAAGGGUAAAUAAUUUCAAACAUAAUUUUAAAUUAAUUGAGUGUGAAACUGUACUUGCUGUGAAGUAGUUUCACUAAAAAUGGCAGAAAUAAGAAUUGCAAGAUUGCAGAAACAGUUUUACGUAAUAUUUGUAAAUUUUGCAGGUUCUGAAGUCCUAGUGAAUGGAGAAAUGUGAAGAAAUGAGUUGGGGGGGGGGGGGGGGGGCGGCAAUGGAGUGCUUACCAGAGUACGUGCAUAAAAAUUUAGGAAAGUGUUCUUCCCUCAGCUUAGUAGUGUAAUGAGGUGGAGAGCAAAAGUCUAGAUCACAGAGUUCCUUCACACUACAGUGAACAGUAAUAUGAGUAAUAUGCACGUGUGUGUGUGUGUGUGUGUGUGUGUUUGUAAGGUAAGAUGUUCUUGAGAGAUAGAAACCCAGAGAGGCCAGAAUAUUCAUUGCAAGAUAAUGAACAGCACAAUAAGACAUAAAUGACAAAAUAUCUUACAUGGCAGGUGGCAAUUGUGUGAUGAUGAUAGUGGCUGCUAUCAGUCUUGUAUGCUGUCCAACUUUUUGUAUGCCAAUAGUCUCAUAUCCAGGCCAAUAGACACCAUCUGUCUGCAGAGCUGACUAGGGAUCAGGUUGAGAGACAAUCAGUUGUUUCCAGUGCCAUUGUAAGUACUCUCACUAAUGAUUUACUGUCGAGUUUUUUGUGAGAAUGAGAAUACGGCAAGGACAUUGGCAACAUUAUUUCUCAGUCUGUUGUGAAUUUUAGACAAAAGAUAAUAUGUCAGUUUCAAAGCUUCUUAACCCAUAAAUUCUAUCCAAUAACCAUUUGCUGGCACAGCCACCACCACUGACUGCUGUGAACUGUUGUACAUUCCUACCUAUGCUUACACAUAUUUUAUCAUUCAAUUCAGUUCCAUGUCUUGCAAUUCAGUGAGUAGAGAGAGCUGCUUACCCUGGGGUGUGAAACAGUGGGUAUGCGCAUAAAAAAAUGUUUAACACUAUUGCUCAGCUUUUCAACUACUACUGUCCUGCAGUUUGUAGGGACCGGGGGGGGGGGGGGGGGGGGGGCAGUGGAAGAGCAAGGUACACAAUGCAUGUUCAAAUGUUUGUCCUUGCUCCUUGUUAGGCCACAAAUUUUGUUCAUCAUUUUAUUUGACUAUUGUAUUUUUGUUGCAUAUUUAGUUACCAUUUGUGAAACACCUUUCAUCGUGACCAGAUGCUAUUGAGGUGGAGGAAUUUUAAUCUCUCCUACCCAUUGUUUAUAUCUAAUCUUCAAUAUUUCUUAUAGAAAUCCACAAAAUGAGGCAUUACUUCUUAUAUUACUUUUAGUUUAUGAAUUGCUGAUUAUUAGUCAUUAUUUUAUGACAUACAUCUGCCAGUUUAAAAUCAAAUGGAAUGCAGCUGAUUGGAUAAAAGUUGGAAAGUUGUAAAAAAAAAAAAAAAAAGUGAUGUAGUAACAGUGUUAUUAAUGGAACUAAAGAAUAAGUCAUGUGAGGUAGACUGUGGUAAUAUUUUUUUUAUUGCUCUUUCUACCAGUGAGAAAUACAUGCUGUCUGAAAUUAAUAAAUGUUAAUUUUCUUUAA